UAACAAAUAGUAACAGUAAAGAGCAAAACGUUUCUACGCAACCAAACUAAUGCAGUAUUUUACCGACAAAAUGUUACAAAAUUUAAUUUGGACAGCAAUUUAAUUGGACAUCAAGAACUAUUGCUAUUAUGGGACUUGCUAAAGAAACAUCAGAAACUGUUUAAAUAUGCUGACUUAUAAAAGUUAAAACGGUUAACGUUAAAAUAUGAACAUGGUUUGGCGUAAUGUAAAUACUAAACAAUAUAUUUCAUUUUUAACUAUAUAUUUUAUUGCAAUUGUAAACGGAGAAAUUAAUUUCAUUAAUUUUCAAUUUGUUCGGGAACCAGAAAAAUGUCUUUUUGCACACAACAAUAUUAGGAAAUUCUGGCACAAUACAAGUGAAUUGAAAUGGGAUGACGAACUUGCUUACGGUGCUACAAAGUGGGCAACACAUUUAGCAUUAAAAAAUGAUAUACAACACUCUGAUAUGAAUAACUACGGCGAAAACAUAUUUCUUAUAAAUGGUGACACUUCUUUACGGUGCAUUGAUGCAGUCUAUGAAUGGUAUAAAGAAAGACUGAAAACACAUUACGAUUUUAAUAAUAUCAAAUUUGACCCAAAAGCUGGUCAUAUGCUUCAGCUGCUGUGGAAGACAGCAAAAAAUGUUGGUGUUGGAAUUGUAACAGCGCAUGGCAAUGUAUGGGUUGUUGCAAGAUACACUCCACGUCAAGAAGUGGAAACAAGUUAUAAAGAUUACAUAAAAAAACCAGUCAAAGAUGGAUUUCCUAAAAAACAAGAGUUAUCUUCAAGUGAAAACCAUCAGACGCUUAAUUCUGCCAUUACCUUCAAAAUUUCAAAAGCAUGUAAUGAUGUAAAAGAUAAAUGGAGCAUUUGUAAAGAACGCGUCUCUGAUUGCAAAGAUAACCCAACGUUUAGAGAGAACUGUCCGUUAACAUGUGGAACUUCUUCUGAAUGCAAAACAGAAAAUGAUAACUGGACGGAUUGGGUGAAAGUUUCACCUUGUAUGGCUGAUUGCCAAUACAGAAUGGAACGGUAUUGCAUUAAUUCGUCAAAGGAUUAUGAAGUAAACAGUUGCCCAGGAAAAAGAAUAAAUUACGUAGGCUGUACAAAUUGUAAAUGUGAAGACGUAGAUCCCAAUUGCAUCAAAGAAAAAGCAAUGGGGCGCUGUGCAUUUUCAGCUGAAUGGGCUAAAAUAAAAUGCAGGAAAACUUGUGGAUUUUGUACAAGAGAAGGGUAUUUUGUUUUCAGGCAUCAAUCAUCGCAAGUUUUUGCGAAGCAUCUUAAUUUGACAUAAGUAUCAAUAUAUAAAUAUUUGGAGUUUGCUCCAUCACUGCAAGUUAGCUAUCUCAAAGACCAAAAAAUGCUAGACCCACCACUGAGUUUUAAUGGCCGAUGUCUACGUUAAGCUUUUUUUGCCAUUUACACUUUAUUUUUAACUCUACUGAUUGUGGUUAUUAAAACUUUGAUCGAUUUCUUUUUUAAUAAUUUUUUAAUAUACGAACAUCCCAGUUGUACCAACGAUAAAAUACGUCUUUUAUUUAUACAAUUUUCUUAAAUUAUUUUUGUCGACAUGUUUUGUUUACAUCAAUUUAGUUGGCGUGUGUGUGUUAGGUAAUAGGGAGGGGAAAGAGAAAGAAGGGGGAGGAUUUGAGAGUGUUUUUGUUCCACUGUUAAA